UUGCGGCCCAAUUUGGUUCACAAACGAAACCAUUUCUUCAACUUGAUAGUUUUCUCGCGCACUCAUUUCUUCACUCCAAACAUCAAACACCUUCUGUGCAUUCUAUAACUCACAAAACUUCAAAAACUAAAGAUGCAGAGAUUCAAAUCUCUGCUACCACAAACUCGAUUCUCAUCUCGCUCGCUAUUUUCUCAUCCUCGACCUUUCUCUGCUCAACCAAAUUACGCUCAACGCAAUGACGACGAAGAAGAUCCCCAAAACCAGAUUUUGGUUCAAGGAAGAGCGAAAUCUCGUUCUGCAAUUCUCAACAGGCCAUCUUCACUGAACGCGCUUACUACUUCAAUGGUUGCUAGGUUGAAGAGGCUUUAUGAUUCGUGGGAAGAAAACUCUGAUAUUGGCUUUGUUCUAAUGAAGGGUAAAGGCACGGCUUUCUGUUCUGGUGCUGAUGUUGUUAGGCUGCAUCACUCACUCAAUGAAGGAAAUGCUGAAGAAGCUAAAGAAUUUUUCAGAACGUUAUAUUCAUUUGUAUAUCUUCAAGGGACAUAUCUUAAACCACAUGUUUCUAUUUUGAAUGGAAGGACAAUGGGCUGUGGAUCUGGAAUUUCUCUUCCAGGGAUGUUCCGUGUGGUGACUGAUAAAACUAUUUUUUCUCACCCAGAGGCUCAAAUAGGCUUCCACCCUGAUGCUGGUGCUUCUUACCUUUUGUCUCGUCUACCCGGCUACUUAGGGGAAUACUUGGCCCUCACAGGAGAUAAGCUUAAUGGUGUAGAAAUGAUUGCUUGCCGCCUUGCUACGCAUUAUUCACUAAAUGCAAGGCUUGCUUGGCUUGAAGAACGCCUUGGUAAACUGGUCACAGACGACCCAUCUAUUGUAGAGGCAUCACUUUCACAAUAUGCUGAUCUUGUCUAUCCCGACAGAAGCGGCAUCCUUCACAAGAUUGAUACUAUAGAUAGAUGUUUCAGUCAUGAUACAGUGGAGGAAAUCAUUGAAGCUUUGGAGAAGGAGGCAGCUGAGUCUCUAGACGAGUGGUGUUUGACAACUCUCCAGAAAAUAAGAGAAGCCUCACCAUUGAGUUUGAAAGUUAUUCUACGAUCUAUACGGGAAGGUAGAUUUGAAACUCUUGAUCAAUGUCUUGUACGUGAGUACCGCAUAUCCGUUAGGGCAAUUUCCAAGAAUGUUUCCUCUGAUUUCGUUGAGGUAAUGAUUUUUUCUUUCCAUCUUUUCCAUAUCAAACAACUUAAAUUUGUUUUUAUGAUUUCACUUGUCUUGUCCUUUAUGCAGGGUGUUCGAGCACGAAUGGUCGAUAAAGAUUUUACACCCAAGUGGGAUCCACCUAGUUUAAAAGAUGUAUCAGAGGACAUGGUUGACCAUUAUUUCUCUCCGUUUAGCGAACUUGAGCCUGAACUGGUGCUUCCUACAGCAUUGCGAGAACCUUACAUGUGAAACUGGCGCGGCUCUCAUCUCGCCAAUCCUUGUGACUAGCAAGAGUAAGCCAAAUAAGUUCUAACUUGUUUUCUAAUUUCAUUGAACACAGCUUUUCGCAUUGUUGUAAUAGCUGAAAGAAAAUGUAGAGAUCGUCCAUUUUGUUUUUUCGUGGGAUGGCAUGUUUAAAUUAUUCCCAGGCUUUCUUUGAAAUGUAGAUUGUCCAAUUUGCUCACUCACCCCCAGUGUCAAUUUGUUAGCAAUCUCUGUUUUCUAUCAAUGAAAGAUAGUGUGAUUAGAGUGCAUUUCUAGUAUUCAUUUAAAGAUAAAUUAUGUUGUAAUCACACUAGACACAACUUCAUAUUGUGUUUGGAAACAUGGUUAGGAGCGCAUUUCAAGCUCAUAGUUACAACUUUUGGUUCAAAAUGUAUUACUGUGGAAAUGUAUGUUUCCAAAGAUAAAUUUUGACUAUUGUUUUA